GAGCUUAUUCAAAACGCUGAAGAUGCAGGUGCAACUGAAGUUAAGUUCCUUUAUGACAAAAACAGCGACUCAGCACAGAAACUCUAUAACACAAGUCUGGCAAAGUUUCAAGUAAGUUUCACAAUCAUAAUUUGACACUGGUGUAAAAUAAGGUUGCUCUAAUCAGUUGUAACCUUGCGUGCUGGCAGGGGGUGUUGUAAACAUCGAGUUUCGUGAUGAGAAAGACAGAGUGGGAUUAACAGGUUAACGUGGGAGAGGGGUAGGGCGAUUUCGUUACCUAUUUUUUUUAGUGGUGAACAGAGGGAAUAUUAUAUACUGUAUUCCAAAUGUUAGUUAAUUUCUUUCCACCAUGUCAAUUGGCCCUCUUUCCAAGUUGUUUUUAAUUCUAUAGAUGCGAUCGAGGCAAAGAGGGCCAACUAAUAUUUAUAGAAACUUUUUCUUUGAAAACAGGGUCCAGCGCUGUAUGCCUAUAACGAUGCCCAGUUCACCAAAGACGAUUGGGAAGGUAUCAGAAAGAUAUAUGACAGCAAUAAAGUUAAAGAUCCUAUGAAAGUUGGUCGGUUUGGCCUGGGAUUUAAGUCAGUAUUUCACUUGACA